GUGAGUCGGCUGUUGUUGCCAUGUAGAUACUUCAGGAUUCUUAUUAAAGGAAAUAUAUACCGUAAUCAAGAAAUUCUUCUUAUCUGCGUAUCGCAGUCAUAUCUGCACUGUUGUCGCUGUCUUUAUUGUUUCGAUGGAUUUUGUUCGACAGUUCGGAAUUGUGCUUUUAAUCGCGGUGUUUUCCGGCACUCGUGCAGACGAGCUUCAGAUAGACCCGCUGAUAUACGAGGAGCAGUUGCUAUGGGUCGGCGGUGGAGCCGGUCAGGUCAACACUUACAGGAUCCCUCUGCUAACCUUCACGACGCGAGGAAGUCUGCUGGCGUUCUCUGAGGCCAGGAAAAUGUCCUCCAGUGACACUGGCGCGAAGUUCAUCGCACUGAGACGCUCCACAGACAAAGGAGUCACCUGGUCUCCCACCUCAUUCAUAGUGGACGAUGGUUCUCUAGCAGAUGGGUUGACUCUAGGUUCGGUUGUUGUGGAUGAAGAGACUGGUGCUGUGAUACUCAUCUACUCGUUGUGUUUCCACCGUUACCACUGCGACCCCUCCAGCACCAUGAUGGUGCAGAGCUUGGAUGACGGGUUCACCUGGAGCGCUCCACGAAACCUCUCCGUUGAGCUGGGGGUGAAGAGCUUUGCUCCAGGGCCUGGCUUCGGCAUACAGAAACGGUAUGCUCCCAAUGUGGGCCGUCUGGUGGUGUGUGGCCACGGAUCCAUCGCUGGUGAUGGGGUCUUCUGCAUCCUGAGUGAUGAUCAUGGUGAAUCCUGGCGAUAUGGAGCUGCUCUGAAGAGCAUCCCUUACAACCAGCCUAAACAAGACCUGGACUUCAACCCAGAUGAGUGUCAGCCAGUGGAACUCGAGGAUGGAAGUAUAGUCAUCAAUGUGCGCAACCAGAACAAGUACCACUGCCGCUGCCGAAUAAUCGUGCGGAGUUUGGACGGAGGCGAGUCGCUGCCCGUGGAGGAGCUGGUGUUUGACAAAACACUGAUCGACCCCGUGGUCGCAGCCGGAGCCCUGCAGAAACAAGGAGUGAUGUACUUCACCAACCCCUCCAGCACUCAGCACAGGGUCAAUCUAACUCUUCGCUGGUCCUUCUCUGAUGGGAAGUCAUGGGAAAAGGAGGCAAUCCAGAUCUGGGUGGGGCCAAGCGGUUAUUCGUGUAUAACAUCACUCAAGGGAGAUUCUCCUGAGGACAGCAAAUUCAUCUACGUCAUUUACGAAAAGGGCCAUAAAGAUUACUGUGAGACCAUCUCUUUUGCCAAAAUCCAUCUAUAUGGAGGGAAAUAACAUAUAGGUGGAGGAGCCAAGAAAAGGGAUAUUUAGGACUUUUAAAAUUAACUUUUUUUUUUUUGAGAAAACCAAGGUAUCAGCCUGAUGCAAAAUCAUUUUCUUUACAUUAAAUCUGGUCUAUACUAUGAAUGGUUUUUAUAUGAAUUUCACUCCGGAAAAAUAUUGAGGCAUCCUGCUUCAGUGUGAGAUUGAUUUAUACCGCAAUAUAUUAUAAAACAGCUAUGAUUGUACCCACUGUUUUUUACCUGGCAGUGCACAAAACUUUCUAUAAUAUGUGUCUUGAAGUUCUCAUUAUUUCUUUGUGCAGAUGGUGAGCUGCACAUGUGUUUAUUGUGACUAUUUGAUGUUUUUUUGUUUUUGUUUACAAUAAUGUAACUCAGGUGAAUCUUUAUGAAGCUACAACAUUCUUAAAAUGGUUGUUUUCUACUGUAUAACAGUUGAUUGAAUUAAGUCUUGAAUUAUUGUUUUGAAUACAGAAAUGUGAUUUCUUUUUAAUUACCUUGAGGUGUUUCUUUUAUCCCUGGUGUUGCUUAAAUGAAUGAAGGCCUUUGAAAUGACUUGCUCACAUAAACUGGAAGACACAAGGGUUUGAGACACAUAGACACUCUAAGCAAGCAGUGUUCAUGUUCUCCACAUUAUACUACUGUGAUAUCAGAAAACCCCAUUUUAUAUUCUAAGCAAGUGUCAUUCAUGUGCUUCAGGUUAUGUGGUUUCGUUUACCCAGUCUGGCCUUUUUGUGGCCAUAGAUGUUGUACAUUUAGAUACCAGACAAAUUAUGUUGGUAACAUCUUACUGUAAGUGACUUUUAAAUAGUACAUGCAAGUUUGUAUUGAAAGUCAACCGAAAGGCUAUCACUGUAUUAAAUUUCAUAUAAACACA